AUGGUUGCGAACGCUUGCAAUACAAACAAUGAUAUGAUUGGAUUUAAUGAAGAUGUUAUGAGGUCAUUGGUGGAUGAUGGUAGUGUGGAACAUAAAUGGGAUAGCUAUGACAACACACAUUUCUUAUGUGGUUUUCCAACAGAAGUGGACUUUUGCUUCCAACAAGGUCAAACAUCUACUGCUCCAAUAACAUACAAAUUGUCUGUUAAAGGACCUAUUGAACUAGCAACAGAAAAUGUACCAAAGCCACUUAUUGGAUUUAUGAGGGAUUGUUGCUUUGCAAUACAAGUAAGACAGUCAGGCAUACCAAUAAUAAGACUUGACGACUAUAACUUAGCACUGACGACAGUGAGGAAUAA